AUGGAGAAAGCCGUGUGUAACCAUGGCUUCUUCAUGAUGGCUCCAAACGUGUGGAACCCCAAAUCUAAGUCACUAACUCGACCUUUGACCCUUUCAGAUUCCUCUUCUGUCAGUGUGACAAUCUCUCACCCUGAAACUCUCGCUUUUCUUGUGAUCCAAGUUCACGGCAUGGACAAUGUCUCAAGGGAUGACGAAGAACUCAUCUUGAAACAAGUAGGAAGGAUGCUGAGAAUAUCGGCCGAGGACGAACGUGACGUGACCGAGUUCCAACAACUUCAUGAGGAUGCAAAGAAGAAUGGUUUCGGUCGAAUUUUCCGCUCCCCCUCUCUCUUUGAAGAUAUGGUGAAAUCGAUCUUGUUGUGUAACACGACUUGGGAGAGGACACUAGGUAUGGCUUCUAACCUCUGCAUGCUGCAAUCUAAGCUAGCUGACAGAACGGUUAGGCCUAGUAGUCAAACUAAAAAAAGGAAACGAGUACUCAAAGAAACAAAGAAAAGUUCCAAGAAAGAAACAAGAGGAAACUUCCCAAGUGCCAAGGAGCUAGCUAGCCUUGACAAAAAGUUGAUAAACGAGCACUGUAAACUCGGGUAUAGAGCAAAUUGGAUCGUUCAAUUAGCAAAGAAGGUGGAAAGCGGGGAACUGAAUCUUGAAGAGAUGGAAAGGGGAGCUAUGAAAGCAGAACAAGUGUCUGAGAAACUGAUAAAAUUGUCAGGCUUUGGUGCUUUUGCAACUGCAACAGUGCUUAUGUGUAUUGUUGCAUGGAAAGGAGGAAUGUUCGAAAGAGACGCUAGAGAUAGCAGCACAGUCAUUUUACGACAGAUUCUCUCCAUUCCAGUCUUUAGCCUACUGCUUAGUGAGUUGAGUCCGCUUGACUACAAGAGUGUUAGCGGAUGCUCUCACAUGAAGGAACUCAAGGCAGACUAG